AUGGAUGUCCAAAGGCCUGUUAUGUUCAGUACGUCACAAACAAUACCUUUCCAUGAAAUGCAAAAAAACCCUAAUAACGCCAAACUUAUAUCACAUUAUAAAAAAUACAAAAACACAUUUACUAAACUUCUGAGACUCGCUAAGAUUAAAUUUUAUGAAAAUAAAUUAAGAGAAGUUUCAUCUAGUCCUAAAUUAACUUGGAAAUUGAUUAAUGAGAUCUCUGGUGAUAAUACUAAGAAUAAAGAUACAAUGAAAUCUAUAAUAGUGAAUAAUAAUCUAUUAAAUAUAGAUGAUAAUCCCAAAGAAGCGGCAAAUGAGUUUAAUAAUUAUUUUACUAAUGUUGGCGAAAAUUUGGCUAAAAGAUUUAGGAAAAAUCCUGAUUUAAUUUUCAAUCUGCAUAAAGUUGAUGUGUCCGAGCUAAGUUUAAUUAUACUUAAGUACAAAGAUGAUACUGCGGCCGGUUAUGAUAAGACUAGUACUUUCCCGGACGACUUUAAAAUUGCAAUCAUUAAGCCUUCAUUCAAGGGUGGUGACCACAAAAUCUUAAGUAACUAUAGACCGAUAUCUAUGUUAACCAAUUUUUCAAAAAUAUUUGAAAAAAUAAUAAAGUCUAGGCUAAUUUCCUAUCUCGAAAAUAACAACCUGCUUUCCAAAAAUCAAUUUGGAUUCGUCCAGGCUUAA